AUGGAAACUUUGGAAAUGUCAAAAUUUGAAAAUAAAAAUGGCAAAUCACGACACAAAUGCAUUGACCGCGGUAAGAUUUUCAUGACUCAGAGAAAUUUAGAGAGUCACGUAAAUUUAGUUCAUUUGAGAAUCAAAAAUUUUCAAACACGUGAAGCACAUGAAAAGUCUGUCGCUUACAAAAAAGACUCGGACUCACACAUUGCCACGGUCCAUGAAAAAAUUAAAGAUCUCCAAUGCAAAGAGUGUAGUAAGACUUUUGCACGAAACUCUCAUUUGAUGCAGCACAUAAAUACAGUUCAUUUGAAACUCAAAGAGCACAAGUGCGAAGAGUGCGGCAAGUCUUAUGGUUGUAAAAGUUCUUUAAAUAGACACAUUGCGUCAGUUCAUGAAAAAAUCCAGAAUCAUAAGUGCGUGGAGUGUGGCAAGUUAUUUGCACAUAAAGUAGUUUUGAUGAAGCACCUAGAUGUAGUUCAUUUGAAACUCAAAGACCACGAGUGCAAAGAAUGUGGCAAACUUUUCGGACAAAAAUGUAAUCUUAUGCAGCACAUAGAUCAAGUUCAUUUGGAACUCAAACAGCACAAAUGCGAAGAGUGCGGCAAGUCUUUUGGACAAAAAUCUAAUCUUCAGAGGCAUAUCAAACUAGUUCAUCUACAACUCAAAGAUCACGAGUGCAAAGAAUGUGGCAAAUUUUUUGGGGGAAAGGAUAAUUUGUUGAAGCAUAUAGAUCUAGUUCAUUUAAACCUUAAAGAACACAUAUGUAAACAAUGUGGAAAAGUUUUCAGUCGGAAAGGUGAUUUAACUAGACACAUGGGCACGGUCCAUGAAAAAAUCAAAGAUCACAAAUGCGAAGAGUGUGGCAAACUUUUCGGACUAAGAAAAAGCCUUAUGAAUCACGUAGAUCAAGUUCAUUUAAAACUCAAAAAUUAUCAAUGCAAAGAGUGUGGCAAACUUUUCGGACUAAAAAGUAACCUUAUGCAGCACGUAGAUGUAGUUCAUUUGAAAAUCAAAGAACACGAAUGCGAAGAGUGUGGCAAGUCUUUUGGUUCCAAGCGAAACUUGAACAGACACAUCUCUACAGUACAUGAAAUAAUUUAA